UUUUGUAUCGGAGGAAUCAACAGCCGCCAUCUUGACGCGGCUCAGAAUCGGGAUUUCGGUGGGAGCACUAAUUUUCAAACCGCUCGGAGCCACCCAGACCCGGCUCAAACGGCAUUUUUCCUCCAGAAAAUCCAAGACUUGGUUCUUCCGCUGACAAUGAAUCCAAACAUGUGAGGCUUCCGUGUGUUUUUAUCGUCUCGAAAGACCACUGUAUAUUUGAUUUCCCUUUAGAGAGCGCCGCUGUUCGCCGUAUCUCCGUCCACAGACGCCGUAAUUCACGGGAGACAGCGACGAGAAAAAUAAUCCGCCUCAUAGAAAAUAUUUUUUAAAUUUUCUUCUGUUUAUUUAGGUCAAAAACGAAUUUUAUGGUUGCUUGUUUCGACUGCGAAAAAAAUGAUUUUGUUUAUACGUAAAAUCGCCGAACUGUGGGGAAAGGGGCUCUCUUACGCUUUGUGUAAUAUUUUAUGAAGGCCUUUUACUUUAUUUUUCUCGGGGAAAUUUUUUAGACGUAAUUAUUGAGGAUAAUUAUGUGGGUGUUGGGUGUUGGAUUAUCAUGGGGUGAUCUUCGGUGGCGAAGCGUGGCGCUGUUGCCUUUCUUUUGAAAUAAUUUUCUUCAGGCAGAAUUUCGCCCGUCUGCCAGUCAAGAAAAACUCUUAGCAUUGCCUUUUCGGACGCCACAUUGGGAAAAGUUCCCCCAAUACCAACACUAGAGACACGCGUCUUGGAGUCAUCCUGCUGCUUUUCUCCUGCAACAUCAUCCUUCCAUAACACCGAGCAGGAUGGCUGACAAUCUGCUGGAUGCGGGACCCCCUACUGCAAAGCGACCCAAGCUCAAUUCACCCCUCUCAGGCUCGGAUGGUCCAGAUCUUGUGUCCCUGUUUGACCUGGAAAAUGACCUUCCUGAUGAGCUUAUCCCUAACGGAGAUUUGGUAAUGGGACUGUCAUCCAAUAGUGGCCCAGGUGGAGGAGGCCCUACUCUCAACUCAGUUGUUGCCGAUGCUGCUGCCAAACACAAACAAUUGUCCGAGCUUCUUCAACCAGGAAGCUCGUCUAAUAUGGGAGGCAGUCUCAAUUCCUCCAGCCCCCAGCAAGGAGGCAUACUGGGAAGCCAGCUAGGUGCUGUACUGGGUAAAGGUCCUCUUGUCCAGGGUUCCCCCAAUCACCAGUCUCUCCAGGGCCAGAAGGUUGGUGCUCCUGCUGGACAAGGAAAUGGACCCAUGGGCUUUAAUCAAGCAAUGUUGAACAGUGGACAGGGUCAUGGUGUUAUGAAUGGGACUAUGGGACCAGCAGGCCGAGGUAGACCUGGGCCUGGCAUGCAGUACCAGAGCCAAAGCAUGCAGGGAACUCAAGUAGGUGCUGGCCCUGGUGUUGGUGGAAGUGUCCUCGCAGAAACUCUUACCCAAGGAGGGCCACAGAUGAGUGCACAGCACACUUUAAAUGCUCAGCAAGCUGGAAACAUGAACAAGAUGGCGAUGUCAACUUCAUUUGGUCAGCAGUAUAGUCAGGCUGGGGUGCAGCAGAUGGGUACAGCAGGGGUCAACACCCAACUGCUUCAUAACAAGACUCAACUUUCCAACAACUUGCCCCCAUUCCCUGCUGAGCUAAAGGGGGCUGGGAAUGUGCCAAAUAUGAUACAACAGCAGGUAGCUUCAAUGGGCAUGGCCCCUGGAGUUGGUGUGUCAGGAGGGCCAACAGCAGACCCUGAGAAGCGAAAACUCAUUCAGCAGCAGCUGGUCCUGCUGCUCCAUGCACACAAGUGCCAGCGACGGGAGCAGGCUAAUGGAGAAGUGAGAGCCUGUACUCUUCCUCACUGCCGUACCAUGAAGAACGUACUAAACCACAUGACCCACUGCCAGGCUGGCAAGUCCUGCCAGGUGGCUCACUGUGCAUCAUCCAGGCAGAUCAUCUCCCACUGGAAGAACUGUACACGGCAUGACUGUCCAGUUUGCUUGCCAUUGAAGAAUGCAAGUGACAAGAGGAAUCAGCAGCCUAUGCUAAGUUCGCCUGGGGCCAGCUUGCAGAAUGCUAUCAGUACAGUCGGAGCUGGCCAGUCAAGUGCCACAGCCAUCAACAGUGCUACCACACACAUUGACCCCAGCUCCAUGCAGCGGGCCUACGCUGCCCUGGGCCUCCCAUAUGGGAAUCAGUCCCCUGCUCAGGUGCAGGGUCAGGGUCCGGCUCAGCAAAACCCCCAGGGGCACCAGCAGUUGCGGAACAUGAACCCCCUAGGCACUAAUCAGAUAAACCAGAUGGGAGGAGGAAUGGGCACCCCUUCCUCAGACCAGACUGGAUUGCACUCUGACUCCUCUCUGCCCUCUAUGCUCAACAAUCAGCUAAUGCCAGAUGGGUCAGUAGUAGGAGGAAUGGGAAACCUGCCCACUGCCACCCCACUUUCUGCUACAGGGGUAAGGAAGGCCUGGCAUGAACAUGUCACUCAGGACCUGCGCACUCACCUGGUGCACAAAUUAGUACAAGCCAUAUUCCCAACCCCAGACCCUGCAGCACUAAAGGACAGGCGGAUGGAGAACUUGGUAGCAUAUGCACGCAAAGUUGAGGGUGACAUGUAUGAGUCUGCCAACAGCAGGGAUGAGUAUUACCAUUUCCUGGCAGAAAAGAUUUACAAGAUCCAGAAGGAACUAGAGGAAAAGAGGCGCUCGCGGCAAAAUAAACCGCCGAGUUUAGGGGGUCCAGCUGGCCCUCAGCAGCCUGGGAUGGGUCAACCAAACACCAUGGGCCCAGGGCAGGCUGUCAGGCCUCAAAAUGGGCCUGCACCAAUGCCUAAUAUGCCAAAUCAGAUCAUGAACCGCAUGCAGGUGGACCAUGGAAUUAAUCAGUAUAACCCAAUGGCUAUACAGAAUGCACAGAUGCCUCAGGCACCCAUGGGAGUGAGGGCUCCUUCCCCGAUGAGCCAUCCACCACAGAUGAACAUGAACUCGAUGGUUAUGUCCCCAUCAAGGAUGCCUCCGAAUCAAGGAGUGAUGGGUAGUCAUGCUAACAACAUGGUGUCUCAACCAGCCAACCAAGGCCAAUACCUGCCACAGGGCCAGUUUCCUGGUGCAGCAGGUGGAGCAAUGAAUGUGAAUUUGGGCUUGGGGCAGGCUAUGCCCCAAGCUGCUGUUGCACAGCCACCACAAAACUCUAACAUCCCUCUGAAUGCACUGGGCUUCCAGCUGUCCUCUGGCCCUGCACCCCAGCCCACCCUGGAUACCACCCCCCCACCCAGUGUUAGUCAGCAGCAGCAAAACGCUCCCACGCAGGCACAUGGGCCACCUCAGCCUUCCACUCCCAGCUCCACGGUCGGACCCUCCUCCACUCCAACACACAUACCAAGUAGCCUCCCUCGUCCCCCUGCAGCUAUGAGCACCCCACCUGACCCCUCCCAGCCGCUGACACCCCUGCAGCCCCAUUCUGAACCCUCUAGCCAGAUGCAGCAGCCCACCUCUGUACAGGCGCAACAUCCUGCCACACCGUUAUCGCAGGUAGCAGCAGGUAUGGAUACCAGAGUACCUACACCAGGUUCUGUGGCUGAGCUGAGCUCACAGCAGACCCUGCCUGACAUGAGCGUGGUUAAAUCCGAAGUAAAAAAUGAAGAUGAUGACGGCAUCAAGAAGCAAAAUGAAAUUAAAAUGGAGCAGGAUAAUGAAACCAAACUCCCACUGGUGAAGAAGGAGGAGCCAGAUGCAGCUGAACCAAAGCAGGAACAAAUGGAAACCGAGGACAAGAGGUCUGAGGUGAAGGCAGAACCCAAAGAAGAGGAGGAUGGUGGGGCCAACGGCACAUCAACCACUUCCACCACUCAGAACCGUAGAAAAAUUUUCAAACCAGAGGAGCUGAGGCAAGCCCUAAUGCCAACACUUGAGGCUCUCUACAGACAAGACCCCGAGUCCCUGCCCUUCAGACAACCUGUAGACCCCAUGCUGCUGGGUAUUCCUGAUUACUUUGACAUAGUAAAGAUCCCCAUUGACUUAUCCACCAUCAAGCGCAAGCUGGAUACAGGUCAGUACCAGGAGCCAUGGCAGUAUGUGGAUGACGUGUGGCUUAUGUUCAACAAUGCUUGGCUGUACAACCGCAAAACAUCUCGUGUCUACAAGUACUGCACCAAGCUGGCGGAGGUGUUUGAAGUGGAAAUCGAUCCCGUCAUGCAGGGUCUGGGCUACUGCUGCGGCAGGAAGUUCGAGUUCUCGCCUCAGACACUCUGCUGCUAUGGUAAACAGCUGUGUACCAUCUCCAGAGAUAGCACCUACUACAGCUACCAGAACAGGUAUCAUUAUUGUGAGAAGUGCUUCAAUGAGAUCCAGGGCAACAGCGUGACCCUGGGGGAUGAUCCAUCUCAACCAGCAACGUUGAUAUCAAAAGAUCAGUUUGAAAAGAAGAAAAAUGACAUGUUGGACCCUGAACCGUUUGUUGAAUGUAAAGAUUGUGGAAGAAAAAUGCAUCAGAUUUGUGUUCUUCACUAUGAUGUGAUUUGGCCAUCAGGUUUUAUUUGUGACAAUUGUCUAAGAAAGUCUGGUAAGACAAGAAAAGAAAACAAGUUCUCAGCCAGAAGGUUGCAGUGCACAAGGUUGGGGACAUACAUUGAGGACAGAGUGAACAAGUACUUGAAAAGGCAGAACCACCCAGAAGCUGGUGAAGUGUUUGUGCGAGUAGUAGCCAGCUCUGACAAAACUGUAGAUGUGAAGCCUGGCAUGAAGUCGAGGUUUGUAGACUCAGGAGAAAUGGUGGAAAGCUUCCCUUACAGAACCAAAGCACUUUUUGCAUUUGAAGAAAUCGACGGUGUGGAUGUUUGUUUCUUUGGCAUGCACGUACAGGAGUAUGGCUCAGAGUGUUCCUUUCCUAACACAAGACGAGUUUACAUAUCAUACCUCGACAGUAUUCACUUCUUCAAGCCACGUUUGCUAAGGACUGCAGUGUACCAUGAGAUCUUGAUAGGCUACCUGGAGUAUGUAAAGAAACUUGGAUAUGUGAUGGGUCACAUCUGGGCAUGCCCACCAAGUGAAGGAGAUGAUUAUAUUUUCCACUGCCACCCUCUGGACCAGAAGAUCCCCAAACCCAAGAGACUUGUAGAGUGGUACCGGAAGAUGCUGGACAAAGCAUUUGCUGAGAGAAUCCUACACGACUACAAGGAUAUUUUUAAGCAGGCAACAGAAGACAGGGUGACCAGUGCCAAUGAGCUGCCGUAUUUCGAGGGUGACUUUUGGCCCAAUGUUCUUGAGGAGAGCAUCAAGGAGCUUGAGCAGGAGGAGGAAGAAAGGAAGAAGGAAGAGAACACAGUUUCCUCUGAGACAACAGAGGGAACCCCAACUGACAGCAAGAAUGCCAAAAAGAAGAAUAACAAGAAAACCAACAAAAACAAGAGCAGCAUUAGUCGGGCUAAUAAGAAAAAGCCGGGGAUGCCAAAUGUGGCCAAUGAUCUGUCACAGAAACUCUAUGCCACAAUGGAGAAACACAAGGAGGUGUUUUUUGUUAUCCACCUCCAUUCUGGGCCAGUCAUUAACACCUUGCCACCCAUAAUGGACCCUGAUCCUCUGCUGACCUGUGACCUCAUGGAUGGGCGUGAUGCUUUUCUGACUUUAGCCAGGGACAAGCACUGGGAAUUCAGUUCACUUAGGAGAUGUAAGUGGAGUACAAUGUGCAUGUUGGUGGAGCUGCACAAUCAAGGUCAAGACCGCUUUGUGUACACUUGCAACGAAUGCAAGCAUCACGUGGAGACGCGCUGGCACUGCACUGUUUGUGAGGACUAUGACCUAUGCAUUAACUGCUACAACGCUAAGGGCCAUGAGCACCAGAUGGUGAAAUGGGGUCUAGGUAUAGAUGAUGACAGCAAUAGUCAGGGUGGAGAGGCCUCUAAGAGCCCUCAAGAGAGUCGACGUCUCAGCAUCCAGCGUUGCAUCCAGUCUCUGGUUCAUGCCUGCCAGUGCCGUAAUGCCAACUGCUCACUUCCAUCGUGUCAGAAGAUGAAGAGGGUGGUUCAGCACACCAAAGGCUGCAAGCGCAAGACCAAUGGUGGUUGUCCUGUGUGCAAGCAGCUGAUUGCUCUAUGUUGUUAUCACGCCAAACACUGUCAGGAGAAGAAGUGCCCCGUUCCCUUUUGUCCGAACAUUAAACAAAAACUCCGUCAGCAGCAGUUGCAGCACAGACUACAGCAGGCUCAGAUGAUGCGUCGCAGAAUGGCCACCAUGGCUGGAAGAGGUAUGCCUAUGCCAUCUCCACCUACCUCAGCUACCCCAGAUACUCCAAAUUCUGUGCAGCAGCCUAAUACACCCCAGACGCCGCAGCCCAUGCUUAAUCAGCCCCAACAGCCACAACCACCAAACCCCGCCAGUAUUGCUCAAGGAUUCCCAAGCAAUGGCCGCACCAGUCAGCCCACAACCCCAGUGCCGCAGGGUAAACCAGGACCUCAGUCAUCCCCUCUUCAUCAGCAGCUGUCGCCUAUGCCUAACAUGUCACACCAACAGCAGCCUCAGCCUCCACAGCAGCAACCUCAACAGCAGCUGUUGGCAGCGCUGAAGGUGGCACAGAAGAUCGAGAUGGUGGCUAAAGCAAAGCAGCAGCAGUCAAAUUUUAUCAUGAAUGGGAUUCCUUUGAACCAAGCACGCGCGAUAAACCCCAUGCAGAAUCCAAUGCAGGUAAUGCAGGUGCCAAGGGGAUCCCAGGUGAUGCAGGCAGUGCCGCAGGGCCAGUGGAGUCUGGCGAUGCAGAAUCCCCAAGGCCAUCAGCCACAGGUCCCACUACAGCAAGGCCCCAUGGUCUCUCAACAGGCUCAGGGAACUCCAAUGACUCAGCAGGGCCAGAUGAUGCAGAGGCCUAUGAUGGCCCAGCAACAAAGUCUUCAAAUGCCUGCCGUGAUGCCUCCCCAGGGGCCCCCGCAGCAGGGCAUGACACCACAGCAGCAAAACAUGCCCCGUGGAAUGACUGGUAAUAUUACUCCAAGUGCCCUGCAGGAAUUACUGCGAACCCUCAAAUCUCCAAGCUCACCCCAACAACAACAGCAGGUCUUGACCAUUCUGAAAUCCAACCCUCACCUUAUGGCUGCUUUCAUUAAACAGAGGACAGCUAAAUACCAGGCCAGCCAGGCACCACAGCAACAACAACAGGCACAGCAGCAGAACCCCCAAGCUAUGCUGAGCCCCCAGGCAGGAAUGCAGGCCAUGGCAGCCAUGGCAAACCAAGCGCAGAGGCCAGUGAUGGCUCCUCAGCAGCAGCCGCCUCAACAGCAGGUGGGCCCUCAGGGUAUGACGCCUAUGGGUUCUCAAGGUCAGAUGAUGAAUCCCUCUCAAAAUGGCAAUCCUCAGCAGUACCACAGACAGCAGCUGUUCAGGAUGCAACAGAUGCAGCAGAUGCAGCAGCAGGGAGGCUUGCCUCAGGGCCAUGGUCAGUUUCCUCAACAGCAGCCAGGCCCACCGAACUUCUCCCAGCUCCGUACGCAGACACAAAUGGCUAUGCAAGGGGGUGGGGGAUCUAUAGGACAGCUCCCCACAUCGUCCCAGAUGGGCCAGCCUGGCAUGGGCAUGGAAGGGCUCCAGAACCAUGUCAAACAUCGCAUGCUUCAACAACAGAUGCUAAAGCAGCAGAUGGGCUCUCCAGCGCAGGCUAACUCGAUGAGUCCACAACCUCAUUUGCUUCAGAGCCAAGGACAGGGAGGAGCCCACGUACCCGGCCAGACCAUGGCAAACACUCUGGGAAACCAAGUGCGCUCCCCAGCCCCAGUGCAAUCACCCCGCCCACCUUCACAGCAAGCCCCUCAUUCCAGUUCCUCCCCACGGAUACAGCCCCAGCCAUCUCCGCAGCAUGGUGCUCUCCACUCCAGUUCUCCUCACCCCAGCCUCGGUCCCAUGUCAGGCUCCUUGGAGCAAGGGCACAUGGGAGGUCCUGAGCAGAGUGCCAUGCUCCCCCAAAUUAACACACCAAAUCGAGGAGGGUUAAAUAAUGACAUGAGUUUGGUGGGCGACACAACGGGAGACACGCUAGAGAAAUUUGUUGAAGGAUUGUAGCAAUUUGAGACAGAAGGAAGGCCUUGCUGUGUUUUCGGCUGAGAAUUUUUUUGUAUUUAAUGAUGUUGAAAUCUUUGAAAUAAAUACAAAUGAGUCAUACAAGGCCUUCGAACUGUGAACAUUACAUAGACUACUUUUUCCUACAACACAGAGUGAUUUAUUAGUUGCUGUUGAAGAGAAAAAACAGACACAAAGAAUAUAUUUUUGGUUCAGACCAGCCUUGCAAGAAUUUGCCCUGGUCAACGUGCUGUAAUUUGUUUUUCAUUUGUUAUCAUCUGCUCUUGACUUUUUUUAAAAAUCGCAAAACACAAAGUAAUUUUUGUACCUUUGCAAAUUAAUAUUGUAUUUGUGUUGAAAUGUCUGUAAAAUUUGUCUGUGAAUAUUUUUUGCCAGGUUUCACUUACUGCUCAUUUUUCCUGUUCCUGGCUAAUUUAUUCUAAUAGUCCGUUUUCAAAAGGACUGCCUUUGGGAAAGCCUUAAAUUCUUUCCUGUUUGCAGAGUCUAAAUGAGAAUAACGCAUUUGUAUAGAUCUAGGAUGCCUAUUGUGCGAACACACACAAACCCGAUGUGCUGGUGAAAGAGAAGAGACGUGUUGAUGUUCACAGGUGCUGCAAUGUUCUUCUCACUGGCCUGUUCCCAGCGUCUGUCUUGCAGAUUUAGAAAAGUUGCUUUUUCUUCUUUAUUCUAAAGAAUCUGUUAAGUACUGAAACUGUUUUUGCCUGUGGUGGGAAGCUGCUGAUUUGUGUUCAGAGUGUUGUGUGCAUUGUUUUCUCUCACAUUAAACUUGAACUGACGAACUAUUCUCUAAUGUAAAUCACGCAGCUAGACAGUACUGUAAAUAUGCAGAAAAUAAGAAUGAAAUCACUGUAUAAACUGGUUCAAAUGGCUCAUUUUGUACUUAUAUACCAUAUUGUUAAAUAAACCUGUGUACCGAA